CACAUACCUUUCUCUCUUCAGUGGUUAUUUUACCCCAAGUCAUUCAUUCAAUUUCAAAGUGAACGAAGUUGAGAAAGUAGGAAUUUUAUUAGAUUUGUGUAUUCCAUCUAUUCAACCUGUAAUUGUCACCUUUGAUAAGACAAUUAGUCAAUAAAAUAAAGUAUAUGGAGUUGAUAGCGACUCUCUUUUAGUAUCGAACUGAAUUGAAAUACGUGAUAAAGUCAGUCGUUCUUCAACACUCGUCAAGCAAUAUCGUGUGAAUUAAACAGGCUCAUACCACACUUCCUGUCUCUCAUCUUUUAUCUCUCAAUCAAUUACUGUAUUAAUUUUUCAUUAUAUAGUGUCCAAUUCUCUACGAAAAGUUUCUUUACUCUGAGUUAGAACAUUUAAAAGUGUGAUAAAAUGUGUAGAAACUGUUUUAUGUGAAUAAAAUUACCGGAAAUUGAAGAGAAAGGUGAUCUUAUCGGAUUGCAGAUAGUCACAGUGAAAAUGGGAAAAUCAAGUUCAAAACUGCAAAUUCCAAAUAAUCCAAUGGAGCAACAAAUAUACCGAAAGAAUCAAAUGCGAAAGCGCCAACGUGACGAAGAAAAGCAGAAGGCUAAAACCGAAAAGAAGAGAAAGAAAGAGUUGAAGAAAAAUGCCAAGAAGAAGAAGAAAGAAAAAAAAAAUGAUGACAAACUCAAGGAUCUCAAAUCACCCAAUCCUCCCGUUAUUCUGCCCGAUAAACGCAUCGAUUCAACCUCAAAUGGUGACUAUCAAGAUUCCGAUCAUGUGAGAAUAAUGCAAGAUCAACUGAAACUCGACAGUGAAACUUUUGUCCUCAAUCAAAUCCUCCUCUCAAUACAGUUUCUCGGAAAUUCCGAAGGCGAACUGUGGAAUUCUCGAGUGGCGACCAGAAAGUUGGAAAACGCUAAAACCGUCGAACUGAGCCAGCACAGCAAAAGCGCUUUGAUGCCUGAUGAACUGAGUGAUGCUGUGGAUCAGCGAAUAAUUUAUGUCCCAAGACAUGGACAGCAGAAGAAAAUCUAUAGCCGACUCAACACAAGGACAAUGUACAUAGUUCAUGACAACAUUGAGAUAUCUUAUCCUGGAGUGACAUCACCGUAUAGCUUGAUAACAGACGCUCCCAUCUACAAAUUGGAACUGGAUGAGGCUAAGGGAAACGAAGUAAAGCAACCACCGCGCCAUCCUGGAUUUGUGCGCCUCAAGUUCUCCGAAACAGUGGGAAGAAUAAAGGCUCCUAUCAAGCAUGAGAUUGUGUUUCCAGCCAAGUCUCUCACGAGCAGCGAAAGUGACAGUGACAUGGAGGAAAGUGAUAUGUCUAUGGAUGGAUCUCUCAAAGUGCGCCGAGAUACAUAUCAGUUGAUGAAUAGAAAAAUACCACGCGACAGUUUUCUCGCUCUGCCCACCAAAUCCUUUGUCAACGGAAUUGCUGGAAGUCCUUCAAACACACCAUCGGCGAGCACAUCGCCACCGAGUAGUGAAUAUGAUUAUGCCUAUAUCACAGCUCUUCACACACACAGACCGCUGUGCACAAUGAGGAGCAGCAGCUUAUCUGAUGUGCCAUUGAGCACCAUUUCCUUACCAGACUCCUGUAUUACAAAUGUUGAAGUGGCACUGAAACAUCCCGAUCCACCACGGUAUAUGGAUGACAAGCGAUCAAGUGGAUCGACAGAGAUUGAGGAGGAGGAUCCUUAUGAUAUGCGACAGUAUCUCAAUUCAAAGGCAUUCAUGGGAUAUUUUAUACAUAUGUUUCAAGAUCAAUUGGCCACGAAUCUCAAAAUAUCACACCAACAGCUGAGCAAAGCCACGUGGAAAGGUGCCGUGAUAUAUAGUGAAAUGGGUGAGUACGAUUGGGAAAUUGUACCAGCCAUUCCUUGUCCAUGGCCACCGGAAGCCCUCGAGUGGCGUAAUCGAUUGCGUGCCAUUAAAGAGAAUCCCAUGAAUCGCAACAGGACAACUUGGCCCACAGAGGAGACAAUAAAUCACAUUAUUGGUAUGGACUGUCAUAUUAUACCAAUUGGAUACAUGCCGAAAGUUGGGCAAAAUCCACAACGCGAAUUGGAGUGGAAACUUGUGUUUCCCAAUGCUGAACGCUACUUGGAAUAUUCACUAUCAAACACCCAAGUGAAGAUCUACAUGAUGACGAAAAUACUGAUAAAGUGCUACGUUGAGCCACACAUUGACAAGAACCUCAACAUGUUCACCACCGAACAUUUGCGUGCCCAUCUCUUCUGGCACUGUGAAAAUACACCACUUUGGCCUGAUGUUUCCCUUGGCCAAAUCCUCAUGGACUUCCUCAAGUCCCUCCUCAAUCGAAUCAAGACACAACGCCUACCAGACUACUUUAUACCACGUCGUAAUCUCCUCGAAAAUAUACCACAGAAGAUUCUCGUAGAGUUGCACAAGAGAAUCUUUCGGAUCACUGAAAAUCCUGUAAUGUAUAUCAUCAGAGCAAUGAGAAAUGUGAGAUUCUCAAAAGAUUUCUAUCCCAAAUUCAACUUCAAGAAGCUUUACAAGUGUCUUAUUGUUGAUAAUCCUGUUGUCAUUCUCAUGAAAUCCGAAUCACCACAUGAGAUCCGGAGGAAUCCCAAGAAAUUUGAAUUUCACCAGCAACUCAUGGAGGCGGCAAAGAAAUCAACUGGUGAGGGUGACAGUGAUGUUGAGAAUUCAGAUGACAAUGGCGUAGUGCAUGGACACAUGGAGGAGUACUACAAGAAGAUCAACAGUGAUCCUGACAAGAGGAGACGCACCAAGCAAGUGAAAUUCGAACAGAAGAGAACAUUGGAGAACAUUGAGAGGUCAAAAAGGCGACAAUCAACUGAAACGAUUGACAUUGACUUUAUGAUUCAGCGCAAUAUGAUGGCCAUUCGAAGAAAUGUUGUACUCAAAGUGUUCAUCAGUCACUACAUUCAAAUGGCACUCUCUUCAGCCAACUUUAGAAGCCUCAAUCAGGGCACAAUGUACCUUAAACAUGCUGAUCGUCUAUGUAAACUCUUCUACGUCGACGGUUAUGAGUGGGAUGGUGAGGAAUAUUCCUACAAGAUUGCAUCAAUGCGCAUUAAAAUUGAGCACACAAGUGCUCAGGAUGAUCAGGAUCGACCAGCUCUACCGCGACGAGAGAGUUUCCUCGAUCCACCAAGGAAGAAUCGCGUUCGCAAGUCUAUAGCUCAUCAGAAAUCCAUCACGGAAGAUCCUGACAAGGAACCGUAUAAUAAUGUAUCAAGUAUCCCAAUAUCUCCUACCGCUUUUGAUCAUUUUGACGACAGCAGAUUAUCCUUUUGUGCAAUUAAUCCUAAAACUAAUGGUCACAGUCACGAUGUUACCAUUGUGGAUGUUCAUGCGUUUCACAAUGGUCACGUAGAGGCCCAUGGAUCUUUGUCAAAUGGAACUUCAACAAAGUCAAGGGAGAUAAGGAAUACUUUCACUACAAACGGAUAUGAUGAGAUUACUAGGCUAAGUGAAGAAUCAUCGGACGAUGAUACAAGGCAAACCAAUACCAAUUUAGCGGCUAUUUUAGGAAAUUUAUGAAAAUAAUACUGUGAUUCUAUGAAUUUGUUGUAAAAUUUGCCCGAUAAAAUUCACAGGAUAAUACAUGCUAUAU